AUGCGUCUUCUAGAGCGAGAGAAGGACAAGGAGAAGGAUAAAGGCAAGGGGGGAGCUGUCCCUGCCUCGUCUGGGAGCAGCACCAGCAUCCCUGUGAAGAAGUCCUGGGCGUCUCCAGAGAGCAGGGAGGGUAAGGAGCUGCAACCCUCUACCUUUGAACCAGGAGACGGCAGCGCAAGUGAGGACAACAAGCCUAGUACUAAGAAGGCACGCAAGCUGUGGACGAAAGAGGAGACGCAGAUGCUUAUCGAUGGUUGUGAAGCUCAUGGAGUUGGUAACUGGACGACGAUCCUCAACGACCCGAGCUACAGCUUCCAGUCUCGCUCUGCUACAGACCUGAAAGACCGGUACGUCCUCAUGCUUUCUGACCUCUCAGAAUCUCCCUAA